AUGGUAGUAUGUCUCUACAGCAAGAGCUUCACACUGAAAGCAUUUACACUCUUAGUGUGUUUUGCAGUAAGCUAUCAAAAGGAAGCCAAUAUCGUGUUUGAAGAAGUGGAUGUGGACGUUAAUGCACGCUUUCGCGUGGUUGUGCUGACCGAUGACAGCCGUCAGAAAAAUGAAAUUUCACCGGAGUUACGCUCGGCCCAAGUCCACGGACGCUUUAAAAGAGCGGAUGAAGAGGACGGAGGCGGAGUCGAGGAACAUCACGGCACCAUCGGGCACGAUGAAGCAGGCGGUCACACUGGGCACAGGGAGUUCUCCAUUCAAGAGACACCCGUAGUGGUCACCUACGAAUCUGACGCUGCGGAGACCGGGGUCCCAGAAAUGGCCGUAACCUACGAAAUGGACAGUGACAUCGCAGAAGGAAGUGGUGUUGGCGGUGUUGGUGGUGGUGACAGUGGUGUGACGUCAAUCAACCAUGGCAGCAGGCGCUACCUGACACCGACGUCUGGCAGUGGCGGAAACGUUCGUCCAGGACGCAUCGUGUAUCGUGGUGGCGGCUUGCGACCGGGUUACGGCACGAUAGGAACGUACUUAGGAACUGGCAGCCAUCUUGCGUACGGCCUUCAACCGGCACUGGCGACGAGUGGUCUAGCAUUGCAAGGUUCACCAGCAAUGGGCAUAUACGGAUCUAAGCUCGGACUGGGAGGCACAAGACUUGGUAUGGGGGGGAGUGGAGUGAGUCUUUCAGGCACAGGUGCUGGUAGCGGAUUAGGCUAUGACUCACAACAACGCCUAGGCUAUGGAAUAAUGCAGCAGAGAACGCCAGCUUUAUCCACAAUGGGCACUCGAUUUAUGGGAUCACCAGUUCUUUACACCGGUGGUGCUAGAGCAGUUGGCUACGGAGGUGGUUUAGGCUUAUCUCCCAUGUACAAAGGCGGAUACAGACUAAGUGGUGGUCAGCUAGGAACUAUGGCCCUACGAAAUGGCUAUGGAGGUGCCCUUAGCAGUGCAAGGUUGGCCAUGCCGACUGUAGGAGGCUAUGGAAUUCGUAAUGGAAUGCGUUUGAGUGGUGUGAGUGGGCUGGGAGGACUCCGAAGUGUCGGUGGUGGUUCAACAGGUCUUGGGAAUGGUAUGGGUGGCUCUUUGGUUACCUUAGGUAGUGGUGUCGGAAACAGACGCAUUGGUCUAGGAAGUGCAGGAAGAGCAGGUGUUAUGUCCCUUGGUAGGCUAAGAAGUGGCUCUCUCGGUAUGAAUAUGGGUGGAUCAAGAGGAUCAAUUGGCGGUGGUGGAAUAAGAGGGGGGUCGAUAGGUAUCAGAAACGGUGAGCAUGGCUCCGGCGGCUCUUUUGGCAUGGGCGGUGCGUCCCUUGGAGGUGGAAUGAGUGGAUUGGGAGCUAGCAGAAGCAUGGGAGGAAGCCUGUCCGGGGGAUCUCAUGGUGCAUCUUUAGGGGCGAGUGGUGGUGGUCUGGGAGGUGGAGGAGGCCUUGGAAUGGGUUUAGGAGGUGGGUCUGGUGGUGCGAUCGGGGCCAAGAGUGGGCUCGGAUCUGGUGGUCUCGGUGUUGGAAUGAGAGGAGGCGGGGGUGGAGGGGCUCUGGGCGGUGGCCUUGGGGAAGGCUCGCUUGGUGGUAGCGCUGCACUUGGCUCUGGUGGAGCAGGACUCGGCUUGAAAGGUGGCUCGCUUCGUAUGGGCGGGGCAGGCGGCUCUGGUGGCCAUGGAGGUGGAAUGGGUCAAUUGGUAGCUAGCAGAAGUAUGGGAGGAAGCCUGUCCGGGGGAUCUCACGGUGCGUCCUUAGGGAUGAGUGGUGGUGGUCUGGGAGGAGGAGGAGGAGGAGGCCUUGGAAUGGGUUUAGGAGGUGGGUCUGGUGGUGCAAUUGGGGCCAAGAGUGGGCUCGGAUCUGGUGGUCUCGGUGUUGGAAUGAGAGGAGGCGGGGGUGGAGGGGCUCUAGGCGGCGGCCUUGGGGGAGGCUCGCUUGGUGGUAGCGCUGCAAUUGGCUCUGGUGGAGGAGGACUCGGCCUGAAAGGUGGCUCACUUCGUAUGGGUGGAGGAGGCGGCUCUGGUGGCCUCGGGCUCGGAAUGAAAGGUGGUUCAGGUGGAUCGUUUGGCAGCGGACUUAAAGGCGGUUCGCUGGGGAUAAGUGGUAGUGGAAACUCUGGUGGCCUGGGAUUAGGCAUCAAGGGUGGCUCAGGUGGGGGAAUAGGUAGCGGGCUUAGUGGGGGCAGCAUGGGAUUGGGUGGAGGCACAGGUGGCCUCGGCCUGAAAGGUAGCGGUCUAAGCGCGAAGGGUGGAGGUAUCGGCAUGGGUGGUGGCUCAGGUAUAGGGCUGAAAGGAGGAUCAGGAUUCGGGUUCAAAGGUGGGCCAUCAGUCACCGGUGGAAUAAAAGGGGGCUCCUUGGGUGCCAGUGGGGCCAGUGGCUUAGGAGGAGCUGCAUCUGGUAGUCUCGGCGUCAAGGAAGGUGGCGGAAUCGGGGGUGGUCUUGCCGCUGGUACCAGUGAAGGGCUUGGGGCGAAGGGCGGUGGUUUAGGAGUGAGUGGUACUUCAGGUGGUGUCAAAGGUGGGUUAGGCGUCGGUGGUAGUGCCGGCCACUAA